AUGGGGAGCGGUGCUUUCGCCCUGGUCCUGGUCCUCGCCCUGGCAGCACGUGUCACCCCUGCGGAGAGGAAGUGCCUCCUCUCCGGGUCAUGGCGGAGCGACACCGGCUGCCGGAUGGUCGUGUCUGUCCUUGGCAAGGACGGCAGCUUCUCCGGUUCCUACCUGCCGGGGCUGGCUGCUAGUGACUCCAAAAUCCUCACCUCGCCACUGGAGGGGAUCCAACAGGAUGCGGAGCUGGUCCCGCAGCCCACCUUCUCCUUCACUGUGCGCUGGCAGCUCCAAGACUCAGAGAUAGCCCGGACGACUGCUUUCCUGGGCCAGUGCUACGUGGGCACCGAUGGGGCGGAGACCCUGCACGCCCUGUGGCUCCUGCGAGAGGCAGCCAACAGCCCCGCCGAGGACUGGAAAGCCACCCGGAUUGGCACCAGUGUUUUCACCCGGAUAAAAUAA